GGAAAAAGCCAAAGUUUUCGCUCUCGGUGAAAAUUACUACCACUACUUUAAUAAAACAAGAGAGAGAAACGGCGAAUCUUCAUACAGAGAGCAGAAAAAUAUGGGUCGGAUCCUCGGCGGGAAGAAGAAGGGACGACCAUCUAAUGCAGAUCUACCACGUCGUAACUCUAGUGCUGAACCAGAGUCACAGCCACGGCGGAGCUGCCGCAGACGGAAUGUUAGGUACAAUUUUGACAUCGAUGAUUAUGUAGACGAUGAGGAGUUCUACAAGGAUGUUGGGAGGAGAGAGAAGAAGCUUAGGAUGCUGCUUGGUGAAUAUGAUUCCGACUCCAAUCACUGCGAGGAGAGUUCGUCGUCUGAUGAAUAUGAUGAAGUUAAGCCGUCGAAGAAACGGAAAAUUGACGCCGGUGAUCGGGAAUUCGAUGGAGAAGAUGAUGAAAUCGGAGAGACAAGAGGAGGAAAACUGGAAGAAGAAGAAGAAGAUGAUGAUGCAGAAACAGGAAGGGCCAACUCUGUUCCUGGGACACCAUCAGAUCCUCCAAAUGGGGUAUUUUUGCCUGAUAAAAAGACUCUAGAGUUAAUACUAGACAAACUUCAAAAAAAAGAUACUUAUGGUGUUUUUGCUGAACCGGUUGAUCCCGAUGAGCUGCCUGAUUACCAUGCUGUGAUAAAGCAGUCUAUGGACUUUGCUACGGUUAGGAAAAAACUGGCAAAAGGAACUUAUUUAACCUUGGAACAAUUUGAGAGUGAUGUGAUUCUAAUAUGCGCUAAUGCAAUGCAAUACAAUGCACCAGAUACAAUUUACUAUAAACAGGCAAGCUCUAUCCUGGAGCUGGCGAAAACGAAAUUCCAGCGCCUAAACUUUAUUGUCGAUCACCCAAUAAACUCAAGUUCAUCACCACCUAAAAAGCAACCAAAGAGGUCGAUGGUCCGAACCGUUCAGGAACCCGCUGGAUCCGAUUUGUCUGGAGAAUUUCAAAAUGUCUUAUCUGCCCACACUAAGCCCCCUGAUGAUGGAAAUCGGCGGACAACAUUCAAUAUGUCAAUUCAGCCGGUCAUUGAGUCGGAGAGUGUAUUUUCAACCUUCCAGGGUGAAAGCAAACAGCUUAUUCCCGUUGGGCUGCAUUCGGAUAAUUCUUACACUAGGAGCCUAGCUCGUUUUGCUGCAACUCUCGGAUCGGUUGCUUGGAAAAUUGCGUCCCGAAGAAUCGAGGAGGCUUUGCCGGAAGGCAUCAAAUUUGGGCCUGGAUGGGUUGGAGAAUAUGAACCACUUACAAGUCCUGUUCUAGUGAUCAAAAACUGCACCUUGAAAGAAUCUGAUUUUCUUACGAGAUAUCUCGGUAUCAUUGAUGUGAGAACCGACGACAAAGCUUCUAGGAACACAGCCGAUGGUGAUGAAAAACUUUCUAGAAACCCCGCUCGUAAACACGAGUCUCCUAAAGGAUCGAGUUCAGAAAUGGGACCCCCAUCUGUUUCUUUUCUGCAAGCUAAACUUCGUGAAAUGGCUAGUUCAAAGCAUCCGCAACAGAACUCAGACUCGUUGAACUUAAUGGAGCUUAAUGCUUCCGAUAUCCAAUCUCCUAGACCAGCAGGAGUAGUUUCAAGAAACAAAAAUGUUUCAUCGGUAUCAUAUUUUAAGCAUCCAAAUCGUAACGAUGAUGGAUCCGUGCCACAAAACUGGAAACCCGUUUCGGUUGUUUCAGACUGUAAUACGAUUGGCUCCAAUGUCGGUCCUGUAAACACGAGUUUUCCCCAACAACAGGGUCUUGCUGAUGCGGUUCAGAUGACGAGCAAGUUAGCUCAGAUUCAUUCAAACGGUUCCAUGGUUUGUCCACAAAGAGAAAAUCCGAGUAACGUCGAGUGGAUGUCCUUAGGAGGGGUUACCAGACCGCAUGUAGCCGAAAACCGAAAUUCCCACCACCACCGCCGCCAACACCAUGUUUCACCGUUUCAUGGUGAAUUCCCUACUUCCAUGGCUCAGCUUCAACAACCCGUCCACGGCUUCGUGAAUGAGCCCCGGUUCCAAAACCGACAAGUGAUUUUUCCUCGGCUUGUAACCGCAGAUCUGUCGAGGUUUCAGGUACAGUCUCAUUGGAGAGCGGUUAGCCCUCAAAAACCGCAGCAGCAACCACCAAGACCGAAACACCAAGAAUCACGGCCGCCUGAUUUGAACAUAGGUUACCAGUCUCCUGUGAGACAGUCUUCGGGCAUGGUUGUCGAUUCUCAGCACCCGGAUCUGGCCUUGCAACUCUAAGUAAUAAAUCUACGAUACUACCCUUGGGCGUCGGGUGUGUAGCUCAGUUGGCAAAGGAGGAGAGCGAGACGUUGCUCAAAUACACAAUAGGUUCAGGUUGGAAUCCUACAGGAGACGGGCUAGAACCCAUACACUAGCCUCAACUCUGAAAUAACUUCUCACAUUUGGUUCCUAGGCCGAUCGGGGUUGCGUAGGUUUUCUCAUCUACAAAAUUACAAUUUUGUUGGAGACGAGAUUAUUAAUGUGGUGUGAAAUGACAAUUUUGUUGGGAGACGAGAGUAUUAAUGUGGUGUGAAAUAAGAAAAAUCUUGAAUUUGAAGGUAGAGAAAGUUUACAAGUAAUAAUUGUAGUUGUAAUUGAUUUAUUCAUUUACAACUUCAUACAAUAUCGUUUCAUAGAUGAAACAUCACACAUGAAAUAUACAUUGAUACUCACUCGCAAAAACAAAACAUGUGGAACAAUACGAAUGAUUGAAUUUAAAAACAAAACAUGUUGAACAAUACGAAUGAUUGAAU